AUGGCCAGUAAAAGAGAGCAGUGGAGCCACAAGCGGGAGUACAUCCUGGCAUCAGCUGGUAACGUGGUGGGCGUUGGAAACAUCUGGAGGUUCCCCUACCUGUGCUACAAGAACGGAGGAGGUGUGUUCCUGGUGCCGUACUGCUUCUUCGCCCUCUUCUGUGGGGUGCCCCUCUUCAUGCUGGAGAGUAUGAUUGGCCAGUACUGCCAGCAGGGGGCAGUCACAUGCUGGUCCCGCCUCUGCCCACUGUCCCAGGGCACAGGGUACUCCAUCCUGAUGAUCCAGAUGUUCUCUCGGGCCUAUGCCAUCAUCCUGGCCUGGGCCCUGCUCUACCUGGUCUACUGCUUCAGGGAGGUGCUGCCCUGGGCCUCCUGCCAAAACCACUGGAACUCUGAGCGGUGUGUGGAGCUCUCCUCCUGGAACACCUCCUCCUGGAACACCUCCUCCUCCCUCAACCUGAGCCUGGCCGAUGGAAACACCUCCACAUCCUCUGUGAUUGAGUUCUGGGAGAGGGGCGUGCUGGGCCUGUCCCGGGGCAUCCAGGACAUGGGGCAGGUGCAGUGGCAGGUGCUGCUGGCGCUCCUGGUCUGCUGGGUGGUCUGCUACUUCUGUGUGUGGAAGGGAGUUCGCUCCACUGGGAAGGUGGUCUACGUCACGGCCAUCUUCCCGUACGUGAUGCUGCUGGUGCUGCUGGUGCGAGGCCUGACGCUGCCGGGGGCCUGGGAUGGGCUGGUCUUCUACCUGUACCCGGAUCCCUCCCGUCUGGCCGACCGCAGGGUGUGGCUGGACGCGUGCUCUCAGGUCAUCUUCUCCUACGGUUUGGCUUCUGGAACUCUCAUCACCCUCAGCAGCUACAACUCAAAGGGAAACAACUGCUACAGGGACAGUCUGUGGCUCUGUUUGCUGAACAGUUGCACCAGUUUUGUGGCCGGCUUCGCCGUCUUCUCCACACUGGGCUUCAUGGCCCAGCAGCAGGGCAUCACCGUGGACAAGGUGGUCAGCUCAGGAGCGGGUCUGGCCUUCAUCGCCUUCCCUCAGGCGGUCGCCCUGAUGCCUGUCCCUCAGCUCUGGGCCACGUGCUUCUUCAUCAUGCUCAUCAUGCUGGGCCUGGACACUGUGUUCUCGGGGCUGGAGACCAUCACAGCGUCCAUCAUAGACCUGUUCCCAGACCAGCUGCGGGGUCCGAAGAGGAGGGAGAUCUUCCUCACAGUCUUCUGCCUCCUGUGCUUCCUCCUGCAGAUCCCCCUGACCACCUCGGGAGGACUGUUCCAGUUCCAGCUCGUGGACUUCUACGGGGCGUCCGGGACCCUGCUGCUGUUCGUGUCCGUGGUGCACUGUGUGGCCGUCGGCUGGGCCUUCGGACCUGAGCGGCUGUGUGCGGAGGUGGAGAACAUGACGGGUCAGAGGAUCCCUGCUGCCGUCACCGUCUGCUGGAAGUACAUCACUCCUCUACUCCUCAUGGUGUUCCUGGUGCUGUCCUUCAUGAACAGCGAGCCCCUGACCUCAGACGACGGCGCCCUGUUCCCGGACUGGGCUUACGGUCUGGGCUGGACCAUGGCUCUGGCCGGCAUCCUCCCCAUCCCCCUGUGGGCCGUGGUCAAGGUCUACCUCACCAAAGGUCCCAUUCUGCAGCGCCUGCGUCUCCUCUGGGUCCCGCAGGAGCCUGAAGCUGCACCGGCCCCGACUGACGCCAAGGCCCCUCUGAAGGAGCAGGAGGUGCUGCUGAGGCCCCUCCCCCUCGCCCUGAGCGGCUCUGUGUCUCAGACGGAGACGUGUGAUCAAAGGGCCUUGACCGCGCGGUCUUGGUGCUGCAGCUGCACGUUCUCGCCGCUCUCUCCACCGCGCACAGGCUCUCAGGGGCCCAUCAUGUCGGGGCUCUCGGUGAACGACCAUCUGGAGGGGAUCCUCUCGGACUUCGAAGGGGCCCCGGGCGUUAGUGUAAUUACAGUACGGAGACAGACUGAAGACGGGACAGGUAGCAGCAGAGCGGUGGAGCUAAUGGCCCCAGUGAAACAUCAUCUGCCCACCGCGCUGAGGGAGGGGCCCCGGGCUGAGGGAGGGGCCCCGUGGUGCAGGCAGAGGGGGCAGGGGCCAUAA